GGAGCCGCCGGCUCCGUGUGGAAACCGCAGCCUUGAGCCUCACGUCGGCGGUCGUAGGGGCUCCGGGGUCCUUAACGGCUCGGUUAAAACCUCCCCGCUGCCCUGCGGGUGCUGAGUGCCGGUGCGCUGAGGAGAGGGCUCGCUGGUGGAGGAGCUGGCCGGACGCAGGGAUGGAUUUCACGGAAGCCUACUCGGAUCGGUGUUCUGCCGUGGGGCUGGCGGCCAGGGAAGGGAACGUUAAAGUGCUGAGGAAGCUCAUCAAGCAGGGAUACAGCACUGACGUUCCCGAUAACAGGGGCUGGGUGCCAGUCCACGAAGCAGCAGCUCGUGGUUCGAGUGAGUGUCUGAGGCUGCUUGUUCGUGCAGCUCCAUCUGAUGACUAUGUGAACUCCAAGACGUUUGAAGGGAUGUCUGCACUGCACCUUGCAGCACGCCGUGGCUCUGUGGAAAGCAUCCGUGUUCUCCUGGAGGCCGGGGCUGACCCCAAUGACGUUACCAUGGAAAGAACCACCCCCCUGUUCCUAGCUGUUGAAAAUGGCAAUACAGACUCUGUAACCUUCCUGCUCCAACAUGGGGCGAAUGUUCAAGGACCUCAUUCCUUGUCUGGAUGGAAUUCUUUGCACCAAGCUUCUUUACAGGAAUGCACUGAGAUCAUUCAAAUGCUCCUGGAGAAAGGGGCAGGCAAGGAAUGUAAGGAUGACUUUGGAAUUACGCCGCUCUUCGUUGCUGCUCAGUAUGGAAAGCUGGAGAGUUUACGACUGCUCAUAUCCCAUGGUGCAGAUGUAAACUGUCAAGCCAAGGACAGAGCCACUCCGCUGCUGAUUGCUGCCCAGGAGGGCCACCUCGAGUGUGUGAGGCUGCUGUUAGCCAGUGGGGCAGACCCAAACCUCUACUGCAAUGAGGAUAACUGGCAGUUACCUAUUCAUGCAGCUGCUGAAAUGGGCCAUGACAAGAUAUUGGAGUUACUAAUCCCAGUUACUGAUCGAAUCUGUGACAAAGGCAAAGGCAAAGUGAGCCCUGUGUAUUCAGCAGUGUAUGGUGGUAAUAAGGAAUGUUUGGAGAUGUUACUCAGAGAAGGCUACAGUCCAGAUGCUCAGGAGUGCCUUAACUUCGACUGCAGGUCACCCAUGUGUAUGGUCUUCCAAAAGAAGUAUUUCUAUUUCAUUGAUACUUUCCUGAAAUACGGGAUCACUUUACUGGGCAUCAAUCUGGGCUAUUGCCUGUACCAUGAGAAGUUUGCUUUGUUCCAACGCUUCUUGAAGCUGGGCUGUUUGCUGCCUUCUGGGGACCAGCUCUGGGACUUCCUGAGCUACACAAUUCAAGCCCAAGAGGCAUACAAGCAGUGGCUGCCUUAUCUGCUCCUGGCUGGUUUUGACCCAGUGAAUUUAAUGCACAGACUCUGGAUUUUAUCCGUGGGAGAUAAUGCCCUUAAUUUCACUCUGGAGUUCACCAACUGGAAAAGACUUCCUCCAGCUGUGGAGCAAGACCUUUCAGAAUACAAGGAGACGUUCACUUGGACUCCAAAGAGCCACUUUGCCUCCAUUCCUCCCCUGUCCCACCUCUGCCGUCUCGAGAUCCGGGCCAUCCUAAGGAGCGAGCGCCUGCGAUCGGACCGCUUUAUCCGGGAAUUGCCACUGCCAGCUUGCCUCCAGGACUACCUGCUCUACUUGGAUGUGCUGCGAGUCAACAGCAUCCCAGAAGCAGAGGAUUACCUGGGGCAGAGAGAGGAGGGAGCUGCUCCUUCCGCUGAAGAUGCAGAGAGGAGGGACACGUGCCACUGGGACUAGGUGAUGGCGCUGCCAGGGACAGAACUCUGGCUGCAGAGUUUGUAAUGGCAGUUAGCAGGCACUGGAGAAGAGCCACUGUAAAUAAAGUAGUAAUAACUCUU